GAACCAUGACAUUCAGCGCAGUUGCAUGCUUGGAAUUUAGCUGCCGACUUUUGCAUACAGAGACCUCGUCGGUUUUUCGAGGCUGUGUCGGAAGGCGGCGGAAUGACUUUGAGCCGGAAAAGACACCUUCACUCGAAGUUCGGUAGCUAACUUUUCGUUAACGGAAACAAAGGGAGGGUGCCGUUCACAACACAGCAACAACAGCCCCGGGUUGCCAAACAACAAGCAUCAUUCAGUGUCAGCCACCGGUAGCUGCUGGAGCUCACAGUCGCCUCGUCACUGCCUAUCUGCAGCCUGCAAAUUUCCGCUUCAGUUCAAGUUAGUUCCCCAGAUAACACGCAUUUUCAGCCAUGUCUGCUGAUCCGCUACCUAAACACCCAGUCUGCAUUGGUGAUUUGGUCUCACACAUCUUGCAACCCAAGCACCUUUCCAAACACCCCUGAGUGUCGAUGUCUGUGGCUACACUUCUUGGCUUCUGCUGUUACUCCAGACUUCUUCAUAUCCCCUCAUGAUGAGCAGGAUGUGCAGCAGACUUUGACAGCUUUGACCUCUGUGUGAAUAAGGACAGCAGAAAUUUUUUCCUGCAGGAACUGCUACGUUGUCAAGCUGAUUGUUUAAAAAUUCAAAGAACUCAAGGCCUUCAGCCUCAGACCGGGCAUUCAUAGCCACCUUUCCCCUUCACCACAGUACCAUGCUGGCUGCACUACUGCGUAGGAACAUGUCUCAGAAGCUGAGUAUGCUACUCCUGGCAUUCGGCCUGGCAUGGGGACUUAUGCUCCUGAGGUACACUGUGCAGCAGCCUCGCCAUCAGAGCAGUGCAGAGUUGCGUGAGAAGAUACUGGAGCUAAGCCGGCGAUAUGUCAAAGUGCUGACAGAAGAGAACCAGAAUGCACCAGGUGGGCCACAGGGAACCUCCAUGGCAGGAUAUGCUGACCUGAAGAGGACUAUAGCUGUGUUACUGGAUGACAUUCUGACACGGCUUGUAAAACUGGAGGGGAAAAUUGAACUGGUGGUCAAUUCCUCCUCUACAAACAGCUCCCACACAGCAGGGGGCCUGCUUGCAUCUGCUCCUGUAGCCCUGCAGAAACCUGUGAAGCAGCAGGAGAAACCUGGAAGUCACCCAGGGACAUCUCGCCUUCAUCCACACAUACCUAAUAGGGCCCGACCACAUUAAGAAGGCCAAAUAUUGUUGUUUUUUUGUUUUUUUUAAAUAAGCACACCAAGUUUUACAUCUUUUAUUGCUAAUGAAGCAACAUCAGAUAAAUAAAGAGCUGCAGGGAUUCUUAUGGAUGCCCAGAAGCUUAAGUUGUGGGAUGUGUCUCAGAAAUAUUCAUCCAACUCAGAAGAAAGAGGACCUCUUUAGUCUCUCAAUGCUGAUAUUUAUUUCAUUUUUUUGUACCAAUACUUCCAGCACAUCUUUUUCUUGUUUUGUAUUUCCAUUGCUGAAACUAUUAUGCCUAUUUUUUCAAAUGUAAGGUGACUGUUUAAGUAUAUGCCAAAAGCAGAUGCUUGAAACUGUUCCUGAAUUCCAAAUGCUUAAUCAUAAAACCAGCUUAAAAUGCUCCCAUCGCCAACAAUUUACAGUACUACUUCAACAUAUCAAAAUGCUGUACAUGUAUGAUAGCUUAGAAUACAGUUUUAGUUUUUUGCUGCCACGAUUGCUAAACACUAAAGAACUUGAAGAUUCUUCCUUUAGCUUACAGCUAAUGAGGUUUUAAGGCUAAAUUAACUAGGUAGUUUUCUUGUAACAAAAAAUCCAAAGAAUAUUAUUUGCACUCCAUGUGAAGGCAAUAUAAAUGUGUAUGUGCUGUUGCUGUGAGACGUAUGGAGAAUAUCAUGGGAUGAUGCCUAUUUGCCGCUGUAAAUGCGUGUGAGUGUGUGUGCUUGCUCUGUCUCACUUCAAAUCCAGUAGCUCAAAGAGACUGAAUGUAUAUGCAGUGAGUUUUUAGCCCACUAAUGCUGUUAGGAUAACUGACUCACUGCUUACACAUAUUCAUGGUGCACUGUGAUUAUAGAAAUCUUUUAAAAUUAAAUCAUCUGCAUUUGACCUGUGCUCCUAGCAUAGUUAACACUGGUUUGUCCACCAAGAAAGAAAAACUUUAACUUGUUGGUCGUUAUACUGGAUUUGGAACAUUUUUAUCAACAUUUCUUCCUUUUUUUUGGCGGGAGGGGGAUUAUACAAAACACAGCAUGAGUGGCAGAAUAAAAGUGAGGAAAAAUAAGGCAGUUAAAGCAGGUUUGUUUCAGCUUAACAGUAUGUGGUGAUCACAGGACUAAAUAAUCGAGUAGUGGCGUGACCUUAAUUUGGUACAUGAUGCAAUGAAGUAAAAAUGAUACUGUGGUGACUUGAUGGGAGAUGGCUUUACUCAUACAACCCUAUUUUCAAAAAAAAACAAAACAACCCAAACUGUAAAAUAACUGAUUUUUUAAAAAUUUAAGCAGUAGCAGCAUGCUUCCCAGAAAGCCUAGUCUAACACUAAAAGAAAAAUGCGGUUUAGUCCAGGACUAGGUAUAAUGCAUGUCUGGGAAUCUUUAUUUAAAUACAACAAAAAGAGCACUACUAUUUGUUCAUGUUUUUAUUGAGAACUAGAAUAAAAACUUCACCAUCUUCCAAUGUGCAUGAAGAAGGCAAGAAGACAACUCCAGGAGCAUAAUGUAGAAAACAACUUUGUUGCUAACCAGUGGACUUUAUUUUAUGACCUCAAGCUGCAGGAAUGUGUCACACUGCAGGAAUAAAGUUGCUUAAUAUUUCUCAACUGCAGCUGGACGUUUGUCUUUUUUGUAACUUGUAUUUGGUGGAGCUUUUUUUUUCUUUUUUUGGAAAUGGGGUUGUAAAGUGUGAUUUAGACUUCUGCGGAAAAUCUGGCAUAACUGACUUUGCAACCGGGAACUCCUAAUCCCCACACCGCAACCUUUGACGCCAUUCAAGUCGUUGACCUGUAGUUACGUUUGUCGUGAGGAGUACGUCAGGUUAUACAGAAGGUUCCGGCGUAAGGUUAAAAUGGGGUUCCGAUUAUGGUGUACAUCUGACGCGGAAGUGUAAUUCACCUGCAAAUUAACCUCAUGAUUUAAAAAAAGAUCACCAGUAAGUUUGUGUCCUGUCCUCUGACAUAAAGAGAAGCACAGCACUGAAAUACAAAGCAGGUCCUUCUUGAACAUUUAAAUGUUUUUUUAAAAUCAUGUUUCUUUACGUGACUGUAGCCUCUACUCUGCCUCCAACGAUCUUAACUCUCACUCUCUACAAUGAGAAAUUUUGCUCUCCUUGACAAUAAAUUACUUUAU